AGAUUGGUGAAGGACAAAGGCCAUCCUAUACUCUAUGAAGCAUUCUCCAAGCUCAUCGAAAAGUACCCGAAUGUGUAUUUGGUCGUGGCCGGUUCGGGGCCAUGGGAGCAAAGGUAUAAGGAUUUGGGGCCUCAAGUUCUAGUUCUUGGGUCUAUGAGUCCAUCUAAGUUACAUGCGUUUUACAACAGCAUCGAUAUUUUUGUGAAUCCGACGCUGCGACCGCAGGGUCUCGAUCUGACUCUCAUGGAGGCGAUGAUGAGCGGGAAGCCGGUUAUGGCGUCAAGGUUUCCAAGCAUCAAAGGUACGAUUGUUGUGGAUGAUGAGUUUGGCUUUAUGUUUUCACCAAACGUAGAGUCGUUGUUGGAGGCUUUGGAAUUGGGUGUGAAGGAAGGGUCAAAGAGGGCUGCCCAAAGAGGAAAGGCAUGCCGAGAAUAUGCAAAUUCCAUGUUUACUGCAAGAAAGAUGGCAUUAGCAUACGAGAGGUUGUUUCUUUGUAUAAAAAAUGAAACAUUUUGUACCUACCCUUAAUUAAUUAGGCUAUAGAUAUAUUUCUUUCUACUUAUACUUUUUUCCAAUUUUUCAUAAGGAACUUUUAUUAAUUUUACAUCAUUACACGAUACCUGGCUCUUUGAU